GGGGGUUGUUUAGUUGCACAUUUGGGGUGGUGUGCAGAAAAUGCGUUGUGUCGCCAGCGGCCUUAACCCGCUGUGUUAAGCAUCUUGCGGGGGGCUAGUGACUCCGGGGACCGGCCCAGGUGCAGGGAAAAUUCUUAUUUCUUUAACAUUUGGAAAUAAAGCAGCUGUUUUGAAGAUUAGACCUUAAGGGUUUUCGUAAAUGAGUAAAGGGAUUUUCCACAGAAACAAUGUCUUCGGGCUCAGUAGCACCUUAUACAUACACACCCCUGAAUCUGCUCAAGGAUGGCACAGUUGUCAAUGUCUGUGGUGUUGUGAAAUUCUUUAAGCCUCCAUACCUCAGCAAAGGAACCGAUUAUUGUUCAGUUGUAACAAUUGUGGACCAGACAAAUGUGAAGUUAACAUGCAUGCUCUUUAGUAGGAACUACGAAGACCUUCCAGUCAUUUAUAAAGUUGGAGAUAUUGUUUGCUUCCGUGGGCUAAAGAUCCAGUUAUAUAAAAGGGAGCUUCAGGGAAUCAGCCACUAUGGUUUUGCAUCUUUGGCUUUUGAUGGCGCCUUAGGGUCUCCUGUCAUACAGCGUACUUCAAGCACAAGCUUUAGCUUCACCGUUGGGGACCACAAUAUGGUAGAAGCCUUACGGGCUUGGGCAUCCACGCAUGUCCCAGCUUCUUCCACCUCACUGAAGCUCUCUGACGCCCAACCUAUGCAGUAUUGUGACCUGACCUGCCAGCUCCUGGGCAAAGCACAAGUGGAUGGAGCAUCAUUCCUUCUAAAGGUCUGGGAUGGCACCAUGACGAAGUUUCCCUCUUGGAGAGUCUGUAUACAAGACCUUGUUUUCGAAGGUGACUUAAGUCACAUUCUGCGGCUACAGGAUCUGGUGAUAGACAUUGUAGUUUAUGAUAAUCAUGUCCACACGGCAAAAUCCCUGAAGAUUGGAAGCUUCGUUAGAAUCUACAGCCUCCAUACCAAACUUCAGCCAGUUAGUUCAGAGUCCAUGACUUCACUGAUAAGGAUGGAGUUUCAUCUUCAUGGAGGGACCAGCUAUGGCCGGGGGAUCAGGGUCUUACCAGAAAGUAACCCCGACGUAGAUCAGCUGAAAAGGGCUUUAGAAUCUGCAGAUUUGGCAGCCAUUCAGCCCUCAAAUGAUACCUGUCAAUCAGAAAAUAAGGACAACUGCUUAACACCUUCAAGCUCCACAUCAGACUUGGUCUCACUGUAUGAGGUAGAAAGAUGUCAGCAAUUCUGUGCUACAACACUUACAGAUCACCAUUAUUUAGAGAAGACACCACUGUGUGCCGUUUUGAAGCAAAAAGCCCCCCAGCAAUAUCGUAUCCUAGCAAAACUGAGGUCAUAUGAGCCCAAACAACUUUUCCAGUCGGUUAAACUUCUUUGUCCUAAGUGUCAUUCAUUGCAAGAAGUUCCAUAUGAGGAAAAUGUGGAUAAAAUUUUGCAAGAUGCUGCAACUAAAGCCCCAGAGAGCAAGCUGCAGUGUACGUCAUUGUAUGACUCAGAAGUCUGGAGCACUGAAGGUCAAGGAGGACGGCAGGUCGCUGUCCAUUUUAUGAAAAGUGAUGGCAUCCUCCCUCUCUCAAAUGAAUGUCUAAUUUUGAUUGAAGGAGGACGGCUCUGUGAAAUCUCUAAACUGUCGAGCAUAUUUCACAGUGUGAUCCCUGUGAAGUCGGGCCCUAAAGACCUGGAGCUCCUAGACAUUGCAGCACCAUUCCUCAUCCGAGGAAAGGUGUGUCACUAUGGAUGUAAACAGUGCUCAAACUUGAAACCCAUACAAAACCUAAGUACUAUUCCCAAUAAAAGACUAUGGAUCCCUUCCUCUGUGGCAGCAGUUCUAGGCAUUGUUCCUCUGCAGUAUGUGUUUGUUAUGGCUUUCACUUUUGAUGACGGAACAGGGGUAUUAAAUGCUUACCUCAAGGAUUCUGAGAAAUUUUUCCAGAUCCCAGCAUCAGAAAUCCUCACUGAUGACAACCUUCAGAAGAAUCUGGAAAAGAUCAUGAAUGUGAUUUGUCCUCCAGGAAUACAAAUUGAUGCAUACCCAUGGCUGGAGUGCCUCAUCAAGUCCUACAAUGUCACAAGUGGAACAGAGAAGCGAAUAUGUUACCAGAUAUUUGACACCAUGGUUACAGAAGACAUCAUCUAGUCCUGAUGUUCAGCGCACUGUGUGUGGGAUUUUAUAAUCUUAGAAAAGGUUAUGGCUGAUUCUCAGAACACACUUCUCUGUUCUUAAAGUACCAUUCUCAUUUUCGCUGUAGUUUAAAUUCUUUUGUACAGAAAGACAUUUCUUGUGAAGGUGUUAGAAUAUCUUUUUGUUCAAUAUGCCCAGGGUGACCGCUAGAGUUACAAAAUAAGGCCACACUUUGUGUGGAGGGAACAAAUUUCCAUUUCUUUUAUCAGUUUCUUUAGGAGAGCUGUGCUGUCACUGGACACCAAAGGUCCAUUUCCCACCAUGAAACACUUGUUUCAAUUCUGUCUCCCCCCACCCCCUCGCUGCAUUUCUUUUGAGUCUUAUACCAGAGUUGAUGUUACUGUGGGUGUAGAUAAGAACACAUUCUCCUCUUGAGGCUCCUGGCUUUCACUGAUAAGACAGUGGAGGCUGCUUUUCUUUCAUACCGUUCCAUUUUGCUUUAUGUACAGAGGAAUUUCUUAGCCAGUCUUGGGGAAAGAAGUCUUCCUGUGCCUGUGCCUGAGUUUGACUUAAACAAAUGUGAUGCUGGAUACGUAUGAAUAUGUUUUAUUACCAUUGGUUAAUUAAAGAAGCUGAUUUGGCCAGUAGCCAGGCAGAAUGUAGCUAAGUGGAAAAUCCAAACAGAGAUAGAGAAAGAAAGAAGGCAGAGUCAGGGAGACACCAUGUAGCUGCCAAAAGGGUAAGUUGCAAAUGCCAGAACAUUACCAGUAAUCCAAGGCAACGUGGUGAUAAACAGAUUAUUAAAACUGGGUUAAUUUAUAAAAGAGAACUAACCAGUAAUAAGCCUGAGCCAUUGGCUAAACAAUUAUAUUUAAUGUGAGCAUGUGAGUGAUUAUUUCAUAAGCAGCUUUGGAGACCAGGACAGAGAAAAACAUUCAACUGUACAAAUGUAGUAAAGAGGGUAUUUAAGGAGGAGUGGCAAAAUUGUUUUAAUUGGUGCUGAUGUUGCCCAUUUUAUGAGUCUAUCACUUUGAAUGAGAUGGUGCAUUUGAUUUCCACAUUUCUGUGAAUGGAGUUAUUCCGUCACAUACAAGCUAAUGAAGUGAUGAGGUUUAGGAUUUUUCUACUUCAGCUGUAUCAUCUUUUUCAAUGUAAAAAUUUUCCUGCAUUACAAUAAGAUGGUAUGCUUUUGAACUCAACAGUAUUUAUCGAGUUUAAAAUUAUGAGUUGUGGAUCACUUUUGUACAAACAUGUACAUAUAUGUAUGCAUUUGUGUAAUUGUUAAAAACUGAGGGAUAACAGAUCUGUGCAACUUUAAAUCAUAAAUAAAUAAAUAAAUGCA